AGAGUUCCUCCUCUUUUCCGUCUCCAAACAACUGAGAAACAAACGUAGCGACAAUCAGCCAGACUUUGUUGAGGAGUACAAACAUCUAGAUUUUGCUUUUACUCCCAACAGGCAGAAACAGUCUACAGCAGCAGGCAGGAUGUCUGUGACCAUGGCCAAAGCUGAUGGGGUCACUGUGUUGACUUUGACCUCUGACCCCGAGAGUGCUUGUCCUCCACUAUGUCAAAUCCUCAAGGGCCUUUGCUACAGCCCUACGUGCUGCUCUGUGUCUCAGCACCUGAGGAGGGUCCAGAAAACUACUCAGUCUCUCCUGGGGGCUCUGCACAUUAUCGUUGGGUUGCUCAACAUCGGCCUUGGAGCGAUCCUCUAUGAUGCUGAAAUAUAUCCUUUUUGGUUGGGAGGAACGUUUAUCUUUUUUGGCAUCGUGAGCAUCUUGUCUGAGAAGUGCCCCAGUCCAUGUCUGGUCUUCCUCAAUGUGUUCCUGAAUCUGGCAGGAGUUGGUUUUGCCAUUGCAGCCAUUAUACUCUACAGCAUCAACAUAGCCCUCUUAAGUUUUUGGUGGAUGUGUGAUAAUGAUUACAGUUCAGGAUACGAUACACCAUCUCCUCAAGAGGACAUCGUGAUGGAGAAAUGCUUGGAGGCCAAAGCAAUGAUUCUGAUGCUUCAGACCGGCGUCAUUGGUGUGCUGAUCGUCCUGUCGGUCCUGGAGCUCUGCGUCGCCAUCAGCUCUGCCGUGUUGGGGAUCAAAGCUCUGAAGAGCAGUGAGAAGAGAGAAAACAAGAGCACUGAUGACCCAGAAAAAUACAAACAACUGCUGGAGGAAGUCACCACUAACCCUCCAGCCUAAAUGAAAGUCUCUGCUUUACUAUCAUAUGUUACUAGAACUCCAUUGACUGUAUGAACUGUAACGUCAAUGAUUUAAACAAAUUCAGAUGGUUCGAUCUCUGUCCGUCUUUUCCUACAAAGGUUGCUUAGAAAUAUUUGCACCAAAUAUUUUUGAGUAUUUUUGGUAAUAUUCUGCACUAUAUUAUCUAUGCUGCUGUCCAUUUCAUUCUCUGUUUUUUUAAAUUGUUUCUGUUUAUUAUGAUUUUCUAUCCAGUAAUGUGCCUUACAGUCACUGUGUUUGUAGGUAAGAGGGAAGUUCAUACGUGUGUGACAUUGAUGGACUGAUGGGGAUGAUUUUAAAUUUUAAUUUGAAAAUGAAUUGCAUGAAACAUUUGACUGUUACAUAUUUAAUUGUUUUUUGUAUUUCUGCCAUCUGUUUAAUAAGCAGUUGUGCUCUUUGUGUACACAUAGGAGCGAUCACUACAAAGAGAAGCUGAAGUGUGAGGUGAAGACGAUUUCUGUCGUUUGUAAAUCAUUAUAUUCCUAUUUUUAUAGAUGCUGUUUCUGGCUAAAAUGAAAGUUAAAUAAAAUGAUUACAGCGAG